AUGUCGCUCCCGCCGCUGCUCGUCGACCUGCCGCGCUCGCCCAUCUUCGCCGUCGGCCUGCCGCUCGCGGCUAGCUUCGCGACGGGCCUGCUCACGCGCAACGCCCAGCACGGCCCGCGCGGCACGUGGUACAAGUCGCUGCAGAAGCCGGCGCUCGACCCGCCCGCGUGGUCGUUUGGCGUCGUGUGGCCGGCGCUGUACGCGUGCAUGGGCUGGGCGAGCUUCCUGACCGUCAAGGCGCUGGACCGCACGCCGCCGGGCCUGGGCCGCAACCGCGCGUACCUCGCGCUCAAGCUGUACUAUGCGCAGCUUGCUCUGAACCAGCUGUGGACGCCUCUGUGCUUCGGCGGAGGCUACCUUGGCGCUGCAUUCAUCGACCUCACCGCGCUUACGGGCACGGUCGGCUACUGGUUCUGGCUGCUGCGCACCGAGGUGUCGCGCGAGGCCAGCUGGUACGUGCUGCCGUACGUCGCAUGGACCACGUACGCCACGUACCUCAACGGCUCGCUCUGGUGGUGA